GGCUCAGGCUCGAAACCAUCAAACUGAUCAUGAGGAACAUCUUCCUCGCGUUCUGCGAAAUCAACUUCAUCAAUAAUGCUCGAUUCAGUAUUGCUGUCAUAACAUAAAUUCGACGAGGAAUCGCUCGACAUGGUUGUCACGUCACGGCCGACGAUUUUUACUUUCGGGGAAACCCCUUUUCACUGUUACCGUUGCCGAUCACCGCGCCAACGACGGGUUGAAUAACCAAACUGUUGGUUUUAAGGUCAGACCAUGCCUCUUCAAACAACAACAGUUGGAAGCUACCCGAAGCCCGAAUACCUUCACAGCCUUUUACCCGAUUGGUUUAAGGAUCAGAAUUGUUAUAAACCGGCAGAAUAUGAUGAGGCACUCCUUGCACAUAGGACAGAAGAAAUUGAGACUGCAGGGAAGAGAGCUUUGAAAGAGGUGAUCGAUGAACAGAUUGAUGCGGGCAUAGAUGUCAUCACAGAUGGUGAAAUCAUGAGAGAAAAUUACAUUUAUCAUUUUUGUCGUCACAUAAAAGGAAUUGACUUUAAACACUGCAACAACAUUAGCAUUCGAAAUGGUGCUUGUACAGUGAGCGCUCCAGUGUUUCGAGGGAAGGUGUCACCUCUGAGUGCAGAACCUUGGUGCUGUAAGGAGUGGGAAACGGCCCAGGCCUUGUCAACGGUACCCGUCAAAUAUACAUUACCCGGUCCUAUGACUAUAUUAGGGACAUCUGAUAUAGAUGCCCCUGGUGAUUACAAGUCUCUUCAAGAAGUCAGUACUGACAUUGUUCCCAUAAUAAACAAAGAAAUACUUGCUUUAGUUGCUGCGGGAUGUAAAUACAUCCAAGUUGACGAACCAUUGAUUAUGCGACGCCCCGAUAUUGCACUGGAUUAUGGGAUGGAUCACCUGAUGAAUUGUUUUAAGGGGGUUCCAUCUGACGUUCACAAGAUCAGUCAUCUGUGCUGUGGUUAUCCUCAUGUUUUGGAUCAAGUGGGCUACCCGAAGGACAAGGAUGGUUACCUCAACAUGGCAUCAAAGUUGGAUAAUCUAGGUCUUGACCAAAUAUCACUUGAAGAUGCCCAUCGCAACAAUUGCCUCGGACUCUUUGAAAACUUCAAGAAGACAAAACUUAUUGUUGGUGUGGUGAAAAUUGCAAGCAGCAGGAUCGAAACUGAGGAGGAAAUUGAAAAUCGUGUGCGGGAAAUCCUCAAACACUUGCCCAGAGAGCAGCUUAUCCUAGCACCCGAUUGUGGCCUUGGAUUCCUUGUCGAUAAGAACAUUAGACUGCAGAAGUUGAAAAAUAUGGUAGCUGUUGCGAAGAAGUUAUAGAGUUUUACAUCGUGUUAGAAUUAAACCAAAGGGCAUUUUCUUUGGAAAAUAUUGUGAUAUAUAUUUGUGGGGUUAUUUUUCACCAACUUUCCGUUCACAACACUCAUUCUGCAAUGUUAUGUGGGGUGUCUCUGUGGCAUGUUGGUAGGAGGGGCCGAUUAAUUUUUAGUGUGAACGAUUUGAUUUGAUGUGUUAAUUGAAUAUAUUAUCAUUUAUGAUUGUAUAAGUAAAGGUGCUGAUGAAUUAUUGCCGGAAUAAAGUGUGCAUUGCGUUAA